GAAUAACGACUCUGAACGGUACAACGAACUUCGAGCCAUGGAAGCUGAGGUAAAUCUUUAUAUAUUAAAGCUGCUACCUUUGGAUCAAGAAAAUCAUGUCUUAGCUCAUCAAGUGCGCUAUCUUGCAAUGUUGUUUGACUAUUUCAUGGAUGGGGCAUCUCCAAGGGCAAAAUGUACUUCUGUUGUUGAUGUUGGUUUGUGUAAACCUGUUAGUGGUAGUCUUCUUGCUAGAUCAUUUAGAGGGAGGGAUCGCAGGAAGAUGAUAUCCUGGAAGGACAUGGAAUGCACCUCUGGCUACCCAUACUAGCAAUAGAAUCUUGGGGCAUGCAGGUGAACUUGUUACCACAAACUAUUGCUGUUACCACUCAGCUGGGGGUAGGAAUAAGCAUUAGAGGGAGGUGAUAUUUACCUUGACUAGACUACAUUGUUCUUGCAAAGGACCAUUUUGGGUGCGCAUUCUACUGAAAUUGAUGGAUCUGCGAAACGUAACACGUUAAAA